GAGAGAGAGGGAGAGAGAGAGAGAGAGAGAGAGAGAGAGAGAGAGAGAGAGAGAGAGAGAGAGAGAGAGAGAGAGAGAGAGAGAGAGAGAGAGAGAGAGAGGGAGAGAGAAGCGAGGGACGUGUGUAUGUGUGUGUCAAGAGGAUUUCCAUUGAAAUGGAGUACUUCAGUCUUUUAGUUCAUUUCAUGUUGGUAAGCUGUGCCUCUGCUGGGAUAGAUGGAAUACAUUGGACAUAUACAGAAGGGGCCCUGGACCAGGUGCACUGGGCGGAGGAGUAUCCCGCGUGUGGCGGUCGCAGACAGUCCCCCAUCGACAUCCAACGGAGGAGCGUGCGACACAACCCCCGCAUGCUGCAGCUCGAGCUCACUGGAUAUGAUGCUCAGAAGGGGAACUUCCUCAUGAAAAACAACGGACACUCAGUUGAAAUCGUCCUCCCUCCCAGCAUGGUGAUUACCAAGGGUCUCCCCGGGGGCUACACGGCCGUCCAGAUGCAUCUCCACUGGGGUGGCUGGGACCUGGAGGAGAGCGGGGCAGAGCACACCCUGGAUGGCAUCAGAUACAUGGCAGAGCUCCACGUUGUCCAUUAUAACUCUGAUAAGUACAAGAGCUUUCAAGAGGCCAGCGACAAGCCUGACGGACUGGCAGUUCUAGCCUUCUUCUACGAGGACGGACAUUUUGAGAACACCUACUACAGCGAUUUCAUCAGCAACCUGGGAAAAGUCAAGUACGCAGGCCAGUCCAUGAACAUAUCCACCCUUGACGUGCGCUCCAUGCUUCCUGAGAACCUGAACCAUUUCUUCAGGUACCAAGGCUCUCUUACCACCCCUCCCUGUUACGAGAGCAUCCUGUGGACAGUGUUCGACACACCCAUCACCCUCUCUCACAACCAGGUACUAUACCCAUCACCCUCUCUCACAACCAGGUACUAUACCCAUCACCCUCUCUCACAACCAGGUACUAUACCCAUCACCCUCUCUCACAACCAGGUACUAUACCCAUCACCCUCUCUCACAACCAGGUACUAUACCCAUCACCCUCUCUCACAACCAGGUACUAUACCCAUCACCCUCUCUCACAACCAGGUACUUUACCCAUCACCCUCUCUCACAACCAGGUACUUUACCCAUCACCCUCUCUCACAACCAGGUACUUUACCCAUCACCCUCUCUCACAACCAGGUACUAUACCCAUCACCCUCUCUCACAACCAGGUACUAUACCCAUCACCCUCUCUCACAACCAGGUACUAUACCCAUCACCCUCCCUCACAACCAGGUACUAUACCCAUCACCCUCUCUCACAACCAGGUACUAUACCCAUCACCCUCUCUCACAACCAGGUACUAUACCCAUCACCCUCUCUCACAACCAGGUACUAUACCCAUCACCCUCUCUCACAACCAGGUACUAUACCCAUCACCCUCUCUCACAACCAGGUACUAUACCCAUCACCCUCUCUCACAACCAGGUACUAUACCCAUCACCCUCCCUCACAACCAGGUACUUUACCCAUCACCCUCUCUCACAACCAGGUACUUUACCCAUCACCCUCUCUCACAACCAGAUCAGAAAGUUGGAAAGUACUCUGAUGGACAUGGACAAUAAGACUCUGUGGAAUGAUUACCGCAUGGCCCAGCCGCUCAACGAUCGCGUGGUCGAGUCCUCCUUCCUGCCUCGCCUGGGGAAAGGCACGUUCUGUCGCCAAGAUGAAAUCGAAUCAAAGCUUCUGAAGAUCGAGGGUCUGAUUACUUCUCUUGGAAAACACAUACAUUCAAGUGAAAUUGGGGAUGCAAGGCCUUCCAAACUAGAGCCCCGAGUGAUGUCUCCCCUGGUGCUCCACUUCCCAGAGAGGAACACCGAGAGCUAUGCCCGGGCCCACCUGGCUCACUCCAUGGACCUGGACUCCUUCACCGCCUGCAUGCACCUGAAGACGCGCCCUGGAGAGAUACACACUGUCCUGUCAUACUCCAGCCAGGGCAACGACAACGAACUGAUGAUCACCAUGGGAUAUGAGGUGGGUCUGUGGAUCGGCAACGAGUUUGUCAACCUGCCCCACAACUUCCACUCCCGUGACUGGGUCAACUACUGUGUCACCUGGUCGUCCCACUCCGGGGGGGCUGAGCUGUGGAUCAACGGGCUGGUGGGGGAGGAGCAGUACCUCCGGAGGAGAUACACAGUCAGCCCAGCAGGGGUCUUCAUCCUGGGGAAGGACCAGGACGGCUUCCUGGGGAUCUCUGACACGGACGCCUUCGUGGGUCAGAUGACGGAUGUCAACGUGUGGGACUACGUUUUGAACUCGGCUGAGAUACGGGAACAGAUGUCCUGUGAGAACACCACCUCUCCCAGGGGGAACGUGCUCAGCUGGGGGGUCACUCCUAUGAGUCUCUAUGGAGGGGUGCAGCUGGAGACAGACUACAGGUGUCCCUGAGGUGAGGGGACAGCUGAAUCACAGGGAAGCCUGGGUGGUGUUCAGUAGGGCACAACGUAACAAAACAUUUUGCAACGGAAAUAAAAUGUUUUUUUAAAAAUCAUAGUUCUUAUUGGACAAGUUCAGGAAGUGCAGUACCACCGUGUUCCGUGCCGUUUCAAAACGUUUUGUCUCUACUGAACAUGACCCUGUUUCUCACAGAGCAGAGGAUUCCCACUAUCAACACAACGUAGUUCUGUUUGGUCUGUUAUUAUGUCCAGUCAAUAUAUCAAAUGUAUCCUUUACUGCUGAUGCCUAUUGGGUGUGAAGGAUAAGUCAUCUGUUUGAGACAUGGGUAUCAGGUUUAGUAAUGACAAUGUUUAUUGUUUAUUAAGUGAAGUAAAGCACAGAAGAUCUCUGAACGUCCGUGUGGGCUCAGAGCAUCAGCCAUCUAUCGUAAUUCAUAUCUGUUUCCUCAAUAAAGUUCUAUAUUAAAGCA